AUGCACUGUGGUCCAUGCACUGUGUGCGAGUGGAAUCCCGAAUGGGACAGCCUUUUGCCCGAUGAGCAGGCCAGGCUCAAGGCUCGGCAGGGCGUGAAAUACGUUUGCCUCGAUGGCUUACAGGGAUACUUGAACAAUCCAGACUCUGGGGACUUGGCAGUUUGGCAUCCCAAUGGAUACAUCAAGAUCAAGGAUCGAGCCAAGGAUAUUAUCAUUUCUGGAGGGGAGAACAUUAGCAGCCUGGAAGUGGAGAGCAUCUUGUACAGGCAUCCAGCAGUGUUGGAAGCUGCUGUGGUGGCGCAGCCAGAUGAGCAGUGGUCCAUGUGCGUUUGUGUCCCUCAAGCACAGCGUGAGUCUCCAUGUGCGUUUGUGUCCCUCAAGCACGGCGUGAGAAGCAACAAGGAGGAGAUACUCUUGUUGUAUCGACAGCAUUUACCGAAGUUCAUGGUGCCAAAGAGCAUCGUCAUUCUCACAGCCUUGGACAAAACUGCGACUGGCAAGAUCCAAAAACAGGUGCUGUGCAGCAAAGCAAGAGCUCUUGGCAGUGUCAAGUAAAUCAGCAAGCUCUACAAGCCAACUAUUGAACUUGUAAAGCUUGAAAUCGUUCAUGGCCUGGAAAAUCCCCAAUCUAGCCUGGCAAUUUUAAAUCGGUCAGCUACUGUCCGUCCGUUGUAA